AAAAAAAAAAAAAAAAAAAAAGCAAACACAAUAAUCAGUUCUGUUUUCGGUCAAUAAAUCUGGAACCAUAAAGGGGGACGUUUGCAAAAAUAUUCAGCUUAGAAUCACACUUGUGCCAUUACAUGCUGUAUGAAUACAAACUGGAUAGAGGCAGAAUGCUAAUAAUGUUUUUGUUUGUUUUUCAGCUGCAACAGCUUCACUGUUAGCAGCAUUACAUCCAAACCUUUCUUAUCUUGUGAAUUCAAGUGCCACAUACUGAUGUAGGAACAGUCAAUAUUAGCAGCGGUGUAAACACAAGGCUAUUACAAUCUGUGAUUGAUGAUCGGUACACACUGUAGUCACUGGGUCAGGUGACCUUAUCUAUACAGGAAGCUAGGAAACAGACAGAGCAGAGGGUUGGGUUUAAAGGUUAAAGAAGUGCAUGGAAACACUUUCUGCUGCCAACAGCAGCAUAUGGGACGGAUGGAAAUAGGCGAACAAGCGCACGAAGAUCAGAGCUGCCAUGCUAAGAAGAGCCAGGAACAGCCGGGCUAGGCAUUUGGCCUGGAGUGAACAACGGCAAGAGACAGAUGCCAUGGCAGUGAUCCAGCUGUCGGACAGGGAGGAAUGGGAGGGCCAGACGACAACACAGAUCAGUGAUGUGGAGUCUGAGGUGGAUUACCUGGAGAGUGCUCAGACCGUAUCUGAGGUGGUGGCCUUGCCCAACACAGCGCCCGUGACAGGGGAGUCUUUCUGCCAAUGUGACCGGCAGGAAGAGCUCAUCCCAGGCUUUGGGGUCAGCAGUGACUGCCUCUGUGGGGAGGAGGAUGAGGGUUUUGACUGGGCGUGGGAUGAGCACUUCAAGUCUUCCGGAGCCUUCCUAAGCUGCGACAACAGGAAGGUGAGCUUUCACUCAGACUACAGCUGCGGCACGGCUGCCAUCCGUGGCACCAAGGAGCUUACAGACGGCCAACACUUCUGGGAAGUCAAGAUGACCUCUCCCGUCUAUGGAACCGAUAUGAUGGUGGGAAUUGGGACUUCAGAGGUGAACCUGGAGAAGUUCAAAUUCAGCUUUGGCAGCCUGCUGGGUCAUGACGAAGACAGUUGGGGGCUCUCCUACACAGGUCUCCUCCAGCACAAAGGGGACAAAGUGAAGUUCUCCUCUCGGUUUGGCCAAGGCUCCAUCAUAGGAGUGCACCUGGACACCUGGCACGGCACCCUGACCUUCUACAAGAACCGGCACUGCAUAGGUGUUGCUGCCACACGGCUGCAGAACAAGAAGUUCUACCCCAUGGUGUGCUCCACAGCAGCUAAAAGCAGUAUGAAGGUUAUCCGUGCCUGCUACACACCCACCUCCCUGCAGUACAUUUGCUGUGCCCAGCUCCGCCAAAUGUCGCCCCACUGCCCCGAUGUACUUGACGCUGUGGAGCUGCCCCCAGGCCUGCGCAACCUCCUCCAAAUACAGCUAGGCUGGGUCUUCACCCUCAGCAGCAACCCUGAGGCCUCGGAGCAGCCCGAGGACUUGCCUGAGGACUUCCACGAGGAGAUGAGCCUGCCUUCCAGCCCCAGCCCCAUCCCGAGCCCAGUCUCCACCCUGAGUGCCUGUGCCUCCCCGAGCCCCUGCACCAGCCCAUUACUGGACACAGUCCCGCAUCAGUGCCCCUGUCAAACGUUACCUCAAAAUCAACCUUGCACUUGCCACUGCUCUCCAACUCCUCCCAGCAGCGACUACGACAGCUGCUGCUCCGAACCGGAGGAUUACCAAUGCAAGAGAUGCCGAUGGACAUGACGAGUAGUCAAAAACGUAUCUGUAAGUGUUUGGCACAAAGCUAUUCUACCAUUGCCAUCGACAUCUCCUGUUGGAAAUCACGGAGAUAAGAGCAGUCUCAUCUUUUAGCCAAUAUUUCUUAAUCUACAUUUUGAGUGGAUUGUUACAUCUCUUUUUUUAUUUAACAAGUUUGUGACAACUUUGUCAGGGAAUGGGGAGAAGGGAAUGAGUGAGACAUGUAAUGAAGUUGAGAUUUUAGAAAGACAUCGAGGUCAUUCAUUCUUGUUUUAGCCAAUUUCUAUCUUGGUGUUAACACUGUCUUUGGAGGGCUUGAUGUUUGCCAGAUAAGACUCUGACAGAAAAAAAAAACUAACAAAAACUUGGAAAACGUGUUACAGUGUAAACUUGUUAUUCUCAGGGAUAGACUCCAGGGGGAAAGGAGUUGCUCUUUUGAUACUUUGGAAAUCACUUUUUGUAAAUGUGUUUUGUAAUCAUCCUUUGGCUUGAACAUCAACAAUGGUUGUGUUCUUGCUUUAUAAGAGGAUUUGUUUUUGUAUUUACAGUUUGUUUAUGAACUUUCUUACUCAGGAAAUUCUCUAAAAUAAAAGAAAAAUGACAA